UGAGGGGGGCUGGUCAUGGAAAGUUCUGGGAUGCAGGGAUUCCUUGUUUACAUCCUCCCGGAGUACGCCGCGGGGGCGGGGUUAGCUCCGCCCCCAUUCUUUAGACCUGACGUCAUUGUCGCUUGUGUUUUUUGUGAAUGAAAGAAUCCAGCCUCAGAGAGCAGCGGAGUAAUUCCGGGAAAAGGCGGACUGACAUUUUGUCGCCAGAGUAGUCUCUUCGUUCGACCCAGCAGAUUGUGUGUAUCUGUGUUGACUGGCGCUCGGGGGAAGAACACCAGAAGACAGUUGGAUCAUGAACUCGGAAAUAAACAACAAAGCCCUGAAGGUGAAGCUGGAAUGUGGCGAGAACGUGCCCUUCCUGUCGGACAGCGAGCUCAUGUCCCUCACGGUCCGAGAGUUGAACCUCCACCUGCGCGGCAUGGCCCGCGACGAGGUCCAGAAGCUGAAGCAGCGGCGCCGCACCUUGAAGAACCGAGGCUACGCCGCCAGCUGCCGAGUCAAACGGGUGUCCCAGCGCGAAGCCCUGGAGCAGCAGAAGACGGAGCUCCAGAGGGAGGUGGAGCGGCUCGGGGCGGAGAACGCCGGCAUGAGGAAAGAGCUGGAGGGCCUAGGAGCACGCCUUGCGGCGCUCCAGAGGUUCGCCAGGGGUCUAGAAGCCGGCGGAGGAAACCUGCUAGCCACAGCCCCACGUCUUAACACCGCCUCAGUCAUCACCAUCGUCAAGAGUCCACCACAGCCUCAGCCACAGAGAGAUCAGGAGUCUUCCUAGAAGGAGCUGGACUGAGAGGGGGGGGGCGCUCAAUCUGCAAUGCAAACACACACACAUACUAUACACAUACACACACACACACACACACGCCGGAGAACAGGAAGACACUUUGAGUAGGAAAAUACUAAGCACUUGUUUGCGCUACGCCUUGUUCACAUUCUCAAACAGUGUAGGAUUAAAUAUGCAGGAGUCAUUCCUCCCCGUGUGACACAGUGUUGACGCAGUGGCAUGUGAUGUCACCCAGAGGACAGCUGCUGUGUUUAGUUUUCCAAAGAACCGGAGCAGGAACAGCUGGAAAACCCUCCAGGACCGGCGGACACGUCCUCCACGGAACGACGUGUCACACCACCGCAGCUUAGUCGACUGAAACGUUACGUUCAGAGCAGCAGGUUUAAAGGGACAGUACACCCCAGAAUCCAGAAUCCAAUCAGUCUAGAUUGUUUUGGCGCGUCUGCCUUCUUUCAAGUUUAAUAGAACUAGAUGAGCCUCAGCUUGUGGCGCUCAAAGCGCAAAAAGAAACACUUUUGAAAGACUCUACAGCAGUGUCUCUUUCCAGUUAGUCUAAGUAAUCCACAGACUU